CUGUAACCUGACGAUGCCUCUUUCCUGGAGGCCCAUUUUGCUGCUUUUGGUUUCGAUUUGUGUCCUAACUUCAGCAGCAGAUCUCUUCAGCAACUCCUUCCUCGUCAGAUUCCGGCGAGAUGUUGAACAACAAGAGGCCCACACCGUGGCAAAAAGGAACGGAUUCGUUAAUUUGGGCCCGGUUCUGGGAUCAAAGAAAGAAUAUCAUUUCGUAAGUCAUGCAAUUCCCGCGGCUCGUGCAAAAAGAAGUAUCCCUCACGUGAGAAAAUUGAAGGUCGACCCUCUG